GUGUGCAGCAGACCUGUGUGAUCCACGUUGUUUGGCGGAUUAAGUAUAUUUACAGUAACGCUCCUGGUUGAGAGACUGGUGCAGAGGUGGUGUGUGGAUGGGGGGGAACAGCCAUAGUCAGCUCCCUCGUGAAGAGGGUGAGGCAAGCGGAGUAGCUUUUGUGAAGGGCAUCCGGCUGUCGGACCGAGUCAUCAACCGGAUGAAACAGCCUUCAGUGGUCAGCCCUCACCUCCCACAGAAUGGAGUUGCUCCUCAACACUCACCUGAAUCACCAGCAUUCGCUCCGGCCUCCGCCCCCUCUGUUGAUGACAUGCUGCCACUCCUGACCCCUCCUCUUCCUGCUGUGUUCAUCUCACCUCCACCACCUCUUCCUCCUCUGGAAGCCCCAUCACUGGAAUCUGCUUCUCCUCCUCCGCCUGUUAAACUAGUGCCUCCUCCUCCUGUAAAGUUUCACUCCCUUCCUACGACUUCUCUGGAAUCUGAAGUCUUAUCCCCGCCUCCUCCUCGAUCCUCACUUUCUCCACCAGUGACAACAGAUGUGGAGCCUGCACCUCCUUCUCCUCUGGAUCCUCCUGCAGCGGGGCCAGUCGUUCUACCUCCUCCUGAACCCCUCGUCAUAGCACCAGAAACUCCAUCUUCUACACCAACUAUUGUAGAACAAGUCGUUGAACCCUUUGUCCUUCCUCCGCCUGUGGAUUCACCCCCAGCAGCUGCAACUCCACCUGGACCUUCAGCUUCAUCUCUUCUCUUCGAAACUGUGAAACCAGCUCAUCUACCUGCUGAACAUGCUGCUGCUGCUCCUGCUGUCGAACCUCUUGAAACUGACGUACCUUCAACCCUACCUGUUGAGACAGUUCAACCUCCACCCACUGUUGAACUACAUCUUCAGCUGGAGCCUGUUGUCCUGCCUCCUCCAGCGGAAGAAGUGACUCCAGCUGUGGUUUAUUCUCCACCUCCAUGUGAACUGGUUCCAUCUCCUCCAGCUGUAGAAGUGACUCCAGUUGUAGCUCCAGCUGUUGAUUUGCCUCCUCCAGCUGAGGUAGUGACUCCAGUUGUAGCUCCAGCUGUUGAUUUGCUUCCUCCAGCUGAGGUAGUGACUCCAGUUGUAGCUCCAGCUGUUGAUUUGCCUCUUCCAGCUGAGGUAGUGACUCCAGUUUUAGCCCCAGCUGUUGAUUUGCUUCCUCCAGCUGAGGUAGUGACUCCAGUUUUAGCUCCAGCUGUUGAUUUGCUUCCUCCAGCUGUAGAAGUGACUCCAGUUGUAGCUCCAGCUGUUGAUUUGCUUCCUCCAGCAGUAGAAGUGACUCCAGUUUUAGCUCCAGCUGUUGAUUUGCUUCUUCCAGCUGAGGUAGUGACUCCAGUUUUAGCUCCAGCUGUUGAUUUACCUCCUCCAGCUGUAGAAGUGACUCCAGUUGUAGCUCCAGCUGUUGAUUUACCUCCUCAAGUUGAAGUAGUGACUCCAGUUGUAUCUCCAGUUGUUGAUUUGCUUCCUCCAGUUGAAGUUGUGACUCCAGUUGUAGCUCCAGCUGUUGAUUUGCUUCCUCCAGUUGAAGUUGUGACUCCAGUUGUAGCUCCAGCUGUUGAUUUGCCUCCUCCAGCUGAGGUAGAGAGUCCAGUUGUGGCUCCAGCUGUUGAUUUGCCUCCUCCAGCUGUCGAAGUGACUCCAGUUGUGGCUCCAGCUGUUGAUUUGCCUCCUCCAGCUGUAGAAGUGACUCCAGUUGUGGCUCCAGCUGAGGUAGAGAUUCCAGUUGUGGCUCCAGCUGUUGAUUUGCCUCCUCCAGCUGUCGAAGUGACUCCAGUUAUGGCUCCAGCUGUAGAUUUACCGACUCCCUCUCCUCCUGCUGUGGCUCCAGUUGCUGAUUCUCCACCUCCAUGUGAGCUGCUUCCACCUCCUCCAGGGCCAGCAGCAGCCCCCCCUCUUGCUCCAGAGCUCACCUUCGAAGAGCCCUGCCCGCCUUGUCACUGUUUGGAGCUGGCCGUGGUGCCUGCUGAUGCACCUCCGGUCAGUGACCCCCUCGUGGAGCUUCUAAUGCCAACUCUGUCUGAGCCACCUCCAUGUGAUGCAGCACCAGCUCCUGAAGAGUCCGCCCCCAUCCUGUCUCUGCCCCCUGUUGUUGAGGAUGAAAUCAUCUCAGUGCCUCCACCUGCAAAAGCAUUGCCUGUUUCUCCUGCAGUGGUGGAGGGAGAACUGAGGCGGAAGAUCCAUGAGGAGAUGCACAGAAGUCUGGAGGAAGAGAUCAACCAAAAGAGACAGGAGCUGCUGCUACAACUGGUGGAGAUGAGGGCUCUGGCUCAGGUGGAGGCCACGGCUGCAGCUCAGGCUCAGGUGGAGGAGCAGGUGAAGAAGACACUGGGGGCGGAGAAGUUGGCGCAGUCGGAGAAACUGACGGAAGCCAUCAUGAGGGAGCGAAUGAAGUCGGAGGACCAGAGGCUCAUGAUUCAGCUUUAUGCUCAUCAGCUGGAUGAGAAGGAGAAACAGCUGCAGAAACGAGACGCUGUCUACCAGGAACACAUCGCAAAACUUGAAACGAAGUGCACUGAGUUUUAUAAAGUGACGGCAGAGAGCUUCCAGAAGGGCAAAGAGGAGACACACCAGCGGUUUGCGCGUUUCGACAGGCAGCCGGUGUGUGGAGACCUGCAGAGUCAGAUUCUAAAAUGCUACAAGGAAAACACAGGGAAAACUCUGUCUUGCUCGAGCAUAGCCUCAGCCUACAUGCAGUGUGUGGACAACACCAAGAAAAUUAAGUUGAGCACUGGAGGUUAACAUUAACCAAGCGAUGAAGACGUCUGUAAUAUUUACUGCUGCAGUGAACAAACGAUGAAGGACAGAAAUCUACAAACAGAUGGGUUACAGAGAAUACAAUUUAAAUGGAAAUAGAAAAAAUGCCACAUGCCAAAUGUCAAAGUGAUUUUUCUGGUCAGGUACUGGUGUCACAAACACAUAGAGUUCCAUUUUACACUUCAUGUCUGUGACCUUGUUGGUUCUUGGAAUCAUCCUUAAACCUUUUAUGCCAACCCCUCAACACGACAGUAGGAUAUUUCUCAGUGCUUGUCUGUGUUAACAAGUCAAAACAUAACAAAGAAGCAUUAGUGUAAAGUUUGCUGCACAUGGUUUUCAUUUUGAGUGUGAACACAAGAUAUUUGUAUGAGAAGCAGUAUAUGCUGAAUAUGUAUGUGUGCCUUGAAGCUAGUAAUCAGACUGCAGAUGCAUGAGAGAACUGUUAGAGGAGCAGAGGUGUGAUAUAACACAGACUCGUUGCUUGUUGAAGUUAAUGCACCUCGAUGAUUUCAGGGAAUCUUCACCUUUAACUUCUCAUUCUCAAAGUCUGGUAAAUGCACAAAAUAAUAAAAAGGCUUAAUGAAAA